UCCUUGAAAAUGCUAUGUGUGUGUGUGUGCGCAUGUAGUAUGAAACAUGCACUGCAUUGCAUGCACCUUAGUCCUCCUCAUCUUCCUCCAUUUUGGACAGUGGAGUGAGGGUCAGGAGGGCAGACCAGAUGCAGAUCACAGAGGCCACGACCUGUUUCAGGGGGCAGACCACUAUGAUUUUGCCAUCGUGUUGUCGGGCACAGAGUCACAGUGCUACUGGCAUUUUGCUCAGCAGACUGGUCGCUUUUACCUGACCUACAUGGUUCAAUGGGUGUCUGGGAUGAUGGCACACAGACAUACUGCAGUCUCCAUUCUGUCCCCUAAGGGCCUUCUUUUAUCCUACACUGAUGAUACUAAAGGCCAGAUGAGCUUCAGAGCAAAGGAGUCAGGUUUUUAUCAGAUGUGUUUUGCCAACACUCGCAAUCGUUUUGGUGAUAUGCGAGUCUUUCUGAAUUUUGGGGUGUUCUAUGAGGAGUCAGCUGAGGCCCAGAGAGAGAAUGGCAUGGAAGAAGUGAUUUUAAACAGCACUUUUUCCAACAUUGAGGGCAUUUCAAGGAAGAUACGGAUUCAAAUCCAGCAGAUGUGGCACUUCUAUAACAUAGAACGUAUGCACAGAGGGACCGACCUCUACCUACUUCAGUCCAAGUCUAGCUACGUGAACACCUGGUCUGCUCUUCAGAGCCUCGUCAUCAUCCUAACAGGAUACAUUCAGUUCUUCUUCCUUAAGAAGUUCUUCUGCACACAGAGCAACCGUUCCCGCUGCUGAGGCAACCCAAAAGCUGAUACAUUACAACUCAUUUCCUUUUUUCCUUUUUGCUCUUCAAGUUAUUUCCCUCUCUGGCAAUAUGCAGACUUCACUGAAGUUAACAAUUUUGCAUUUUAAACAAGUACACUAACUACUUGGAAACUUUGCUGCCAACUAGGUAUUGUACAUUUACAGAAUUAUUUUUACAGUGCACCAAUUAUAAAGUUCUGUGGAAAGCUACAUGGCUAUUUAAAAAAAUCCUUCUAACCAACAAAGAAAACUAAGUCUCAUUCAGAUUACUACACAUAUUCUCUCCAGUAAAGAGCUACUCUUAACAUUUUUAAAUUAAUGGACUUCUUCUACAGUUUGUAGUCAAACAAUGAGGCCAUAAUUAAUCUCUUCAGGGAGUGUCAGUACUGUACACCUAGACAGCGUGGACAGGGUUGAACAACUUUAUA